AUGAUCACCUGACAGUCUGUGAACUUCAUUGGUUGCAAACGAAUUAUUUUGUGGAUUUUGUUUUUCCGAGUUUUGUACCUUAUUUUUUCGAGCAUUGUGUUAAUUCUUUUAACUUGACUAUUAUCGAGAACAAAAAUUGAUCGAAUUUUGAAUAAUUCAUGUUUGAAUCCCAGAAGAAACUAUAAAUGUUCAAGUUGCUGGGCGGAUUUUUGUAAAAGUCCAGGUUGUUUAUAACUCUUUUUUUAACAUCAAAACAUUUCUGUUCGAUUAUUCGUGAAAUCGUUUGCGCAAACACAAGUGUCUUUUUAUAUGCAAAUUUUAUGUAAGCAUCAAUAACUUCUACUGUAUGAAAGAAAUAACGAAUAAAACAAAAAUUAACAAUUGUCUUGCGCUACGACGAAAUUAAAGGGAUCAUAAUCUAAAGUCCUGUUGUCGGGUCUUUUCUUACACGUUUUAGACGACCUUUAAAAUGGUGAUGAACUUAACGUUAUCAAUUUCGAAUAUUCAUCGCAGUAAUAUGAGCAUCAAUAGCAGUGCAAGUUCUAUAGAAUCACCUUCCUCGCCAAGUGGAGGAAUUACAUUUCAGGAUGUCCCAUUAUCUGAACUAAGCAAGGGCUCGAUGAAGAAAUUGUCCCAUCUAAUGAAUUCAAAAAAAAUAUUGCGAUCAGAAGAAGGCUAUGAACGUGAUUGGCGUGGUCUAGCAUUAUUGGCAAAACAAAAAACAUUGUGUGAUGAAAACAGCAAUACUGGUGAUGAUCCAAUGAACAAGGUUAUUCAGCUUUGGUGUAAAAACAACCCAAACACUGCAACAUUUGCAAAUUUAGAGAAGUUCCUAGGCAUAAUUGACCGCUGGGAUGUCUGCGAUGACAUAUAUGAAAACUUGUGUCAAGAUACAAAGCUGUACCAGACAAAAAUACAACAGAAUGAUAAUGCUGUUGAAAGCUGUGACAAUUCUUUCGAUCUCAACGAUGACUUCGGCCAAGGAUCGGACCCAAAUAUUUUAACUACGGACGAUGUCAUACGGGCGAAGAAAGGAUUACCUCCUCAAAGAUAUGAUGCAUUUGUUCUAUAUGCAGAUACCGAUUUAACAUACGUUACGGAAAUGUUAACAAAAUUGGAGGACAAUUCAGAGUACAACUUUAAGUUAUGCAUAAAAGAUCGUGAUUUGCUUGCCGGAGUUGCAUUUAAACAUGUUGCUCUAACAAAGUUAAUCGAGGAACGUUGUAGAUACUUAAUCGUUCUACUGACAAAUUCUUUUUUGAAGAGUGCCGAAAAUAAGUUCUUUGUGGAUUUUACACAAGCAUUACAAAUAGAACAUAAAACUCGGAAAAUUAUUCCACUUCUCUACGAGAACAUUGAUAUUCCAAGAACGUUAAACAUAUAUACCCAUUUACGAUACAGUACCACAUCACUUGGAUUUUGUGAUUACUGGGCGAAGUUAGCUAAUUCCAUACGUACCGUCAAUAUGGUUGUAGAAAACUCCACCAAUGCGACUGCUUUCAAAAAGGAUAUGCAUAGUAGUACACCGCUUACUCCCAGUCGUCCAAUGUCUGCAGUUACUCCUCAGAAGACAGCUUGCUGUCUGCCUUCUCCGCCUACAGAUAUACCAAGUAUCAGCAUUAACGGUGAAGCUGUAUUGAGUUCGGAUAAUGGUAUAAAGACAACAGCGCGUCCUAAAUCUCGAGCAUUUACAUUGCGUCACAAUAAAAGUGCCCACGUAUUGAAAGAAUCUUCAGUUUUACGCAACGCUCACUCAACUGGACAAUUGUAUACCUCAUACGAUUGUAACAAUGCCGCUAGUAUGUCCAACAUAUCAACAUCUAGCGAAAAGAAAAAGAAGAAAAAGUUGACAAAGAUUUUAAGUAAAGUUUUUUCGCGCAGUAACUCGAGGCUGCAGCAGCAACAAAUUAGCAGCUCAUAAAACGUUAUAUUUUUCUUUAUUCUGUUAUGACAUUUUGUUUUUGUUGAAGUUAACACGUUUAGUAGUAACAUUUCUUGCGUCAUUUGCUAUUACUUUUACAAAAUUGUAAGAAUCGUUAUGUGAAAAUUUUAAGCUUUUUUUAUAUAUUAAGAAAUAAUAAUAAAAAAAAAAUAAUAAAAAAGUUUGUCAAAUAAAA